CGCACGUUCGCUAUUGGGCAUGCAAUCAUUUUGAUUUCUUCUGGCCUCGCUCCUGACCUCGACUGCUGUAGGAAGUACUCUCGGGCCGAGGCGGAUUGGCUCUCAGAGAUGCAGGUCCGCUGCGACACACAGAGCUCAGGAGCUGGUCAUGCAGGUCCAAGCACCCGUCUGCUUCUCGACGCGCUAAGCAAUUUCCUCCUGUUUGCAAGCAACGGCUAGGAGGAGGGCCAAGGUGCAGCCGGUGCACCUCCUCUCGAGGUCCUGUCCCCCCCCCCCUGCGUGUCGUGCGACAGAUCUGCCGGCGUACACCGCACAAUCACGUUGCGUCAAGUGAAGCCAAGACGCUGCCACGCCACCACCACCAUCUUCUCGAUUAUGGACCGCAAGUCUCAGAGCAACCCGCAAGCGUGGUGGGGCAAGGAGCGAUCGCCACGACUGGAACGUCUGCCACUGUAUCAGCACCUUCCACCCACUUCAUCCAAAGCUCUGCACGCCAGCAUCCCGCCCGGAGAUCCUCCUACCACAGCUGCGCCCACGAGUUUCGUCUCCAGAAUGCGGCUUCUAGCAACGCUCAUCGUCCUCUCUGUGCUUUGCACCUACGCAGUCAGCCUGCCUGGCACCAGCGCUACCGGCCCGUCCAGUCAGGAUUACGUAGCGCCAAGCACAUUCCCUGUGGGAGCGUUUCGAGGCUACUACGAGCCACCGGGAGACUACCGAAAGGAGCCCAGACCGAAGAUACAGGAUGCAGCAUCCGGCAAACCUUUUCCGCCCACCCUCGACCAGCCAUUUCCCCUACCAACAGAGCCGCCCGCCGAGGAUGCGGUGCUGCCAUCGCCAACGAGCCCCGCUACCGAUCCCGAAGCGCUUUACAACACCUUGAUGGCCAACUUGUCCGCCACUCUCAACAACACGCAGUCAGAUCGAUGCGAGCGCUGCGUGCAGGGCCUUCGCAUAGGACAGACUCUUGCUCGCAGUGCGCCCAAGCUGGUGCCGCGAGCUCUUCAGGAGCUGUGCACCAAGUUCAAUGUCAGCAGCACCUCAUCUGGUCUAUCGCAGCAAGAAUCUUGCAGACGCACAUAUACGGCUGCCAAUCUAGGAGGCAGCUAUGCGCAAGUACUCAGCUAUGCCGACUUUACUAGCGCGGGAUCUACGGAUGGGCAGUACCUUUGCAGCUACGUGGUCAAAGGCUCGCCUUGCUCCAAGCCAAAGCCACGCACGUUCGACGAAAGCUUCUUGGAUGAGUGGUUUGGAGGCAAGCAACGCCUGGCCGCGCUGACCAAGAGACAAGCCGAGCAAACGGCAUCCAUAGCCACCGGACCCUCCCUGUCCAAAAGGGGCAACGAUGUCCCCGACACGCAUCAAGACGGUCUGCUGCGACUUCUCCACCUGUCAGACUUUCACGUCGAUCCCCGCUUCUUCAUCGGAGGCGAGGGAGCCUGCACUUCAGGUCAGUGCUGCCGCUCUGACAGCUUCAAUUCUAGCGUCUCGUCCGGUCCACCUUUGCCAGCAGGUUCGCUGCCUGCAACAUCGAAUUUGACCGAAGCCGCGACGUAUUGGGGCAACUACAAGUGCGAUUCGCCUUGGCCGUUGGCGCUCUCUGCUAUGCAAGCUGUCAAGCAUCUGAACGGCGGUCGGGAAGUAGAUUUUACCGUCAAUACAGGAGACAUUACUACGCACGACUCGACGUGGCACCUGUCGAGAGACCUCGUGAGGUAUACCGAGCAAGCCGUCUUUGACAGCAUGAGGCGCUUCUUGGGCAAGGGUCCGGUCUUCUCCGCUGUGGGCAAUCACGACACUGCACCUAGCGACUUUGCUUCUCCCGACUCCAUUCCUGGCGACACGCGAGGACAGUUCUCUUACGAUUGGAACAAUCUCGCUAGACUAUUUGAAGCGCAAGGCUGGUUCACGCACAAGGAGGCAAAGCAGGUGGGCCGGCACUACGGUGGCUACAGUGUAAGCCCAAGAAAAGGUCUGCGCAUCAUCACCCUGAACACCGACUUUUGGUACAAGGGCAAUAUCUACAACUUUAUCAACACUACCGACCCCGAUGUUUCGGGCACCUUGCGAUGGGUCACUGACGAGCUAUUCGCGGCGGAAGGGCGCGAAGAGAGGGUCUGGAUCGUCGGUCACGUUCUUAGCGGAUGGGAUGGUACGAAUCCAUUGCCCAACCCAACGUCGUUGUUCUACGAAAUCGUGACGCGCUUCUCUCCUCGCACGCUUGCGCACAUCUUUCUGGGUCACACCCACGAGGAUCAAUUCAACCUAUUCUACGAUUCGAAAUCCCCUUCCGCCUCUGUACCAGGUCCACAAAGAUCCACCCGCGACGUCAAGGCGGUCUCGUUCAUGGGGCCAUCCAUCACGCCUGGCUCGAACGUCAAUACAGCGUUUAGAAUUUACAAGGUGGACCCAAAGACCUACAGCGUGAUGGACUACGAUGAGUGGUACACCAACGUCGAUGACUUUGCCGGACUGCCCGAAACUCACCACGGACCGGUGUGGAAGCAUUUGUACAGCGCUCGGGAAGCUUACGGUAACUUUUCGAGCUCUGUCGCUGCAGGCAGCUACGUCGCACCUGUCAAUUUGGUGGCGAAUAGCGUGUGGCCCACUUCUGCCCCUCUGAACGCCUCGGUGAGUCUUGGACCAGACGUGUGGCAACGCGGCUCGCCUGAGCUCACACCUGCUUUGCUGCACUCGAACAAGUUUUGGGCAUCCGUCACCGACGAGAUGCUGGCUAGACCGUCACUGAUAGACGCAUUCAGGACUCGGCAAGGUCGCAACUCUCCAAGAACCAAGCCUUUUCCGAGCGAUGAGGCUAGACAGGCUCAAGUUUGCUACAUGAGGUCCGGCAGCUCAGUCACCGGUCAGAUGUGUCCUCAGGGCUAUGGAAGCGUUCAGAGCUAGCUAGCCAGCCAGCGUUUCGGAGAGGUGCACGAGAACGUUUGUAAUGAUUAGAGUGUGCCUCGAUUCUCGUGGAAUAGCAGUUGCGUGUAGACUUGUUAC